CUGCGAUUUUGUCACCGGUCUGUGUGUGCAGUCGCGAAGACGCUUCGGUGGAUGAGGGACAAGUCCUGUAGAAAAUUAUUAAGGAUUGUUUACUUUGGUUGUUUACAUAAAUUGUUUACCUCGGUGAGAUGAGAAGUGUGCUGCCUUGGACAUAGUAAAUCCAAUGAACGUCAGCAAGCCUAACGAACGAACGAACGACUUCCGAGUAAUCUCUCCCUCGCAGUCGACGAUUUCAUCGUUGCAAUGACGCUGAGGGUCUACGGAAGGGCACUGAGGCGAAUGGUGAAAUUGAGAGGCCCACAAGACUCACCAGGUUUUCAUUUACGAUGAUUGAUUAUUCCCCUCGUUUUAUUUAAUUAUCCGUCAGUGAAACGAUUCAUGGGAAUACUGUGUCCAUUGAGUGAAGGGGAGUGAAGUGAAAAGUAAAUAAAUAAUUUCCCAAAAAAUCGAUUAGAAUCGUGUGAAAAAUUUCGGUAAAAAAUUCAGUUUUUUUCAAUCUCUUCUCACAAAAUUGUUUCGAGUUAAAUUCGUCUCGUAUAUCGGGAGCAAAAAUAACUGUUCUCACGUGAUUUUUAGUGUCUUUACGCCGACAAAAAUAAUUUGAAUAAUUCUGUCAACGAGUUGCAGUGGAUUGGAGUGAAAGUUUUGGGGAGAUAGAAAAAAAAUGGUGUCACUAAAUUUUAACAGUGCCUCGGGACUUUGCAGUCUGUUUCUUGUGUUUUUUGUGCCACUCUGGGGAAACAGUCAUGCUGCACGUGGAUUUAAACGGAAUUUCAGAAAUGAACCGUUUGGUGUGAGCAAAAGUCCGAAAAAUGGUGGGUUAUUUCCAUCGACUUUCAAUGUCGCAACGAAGGCAGACGUUUACGUCAAUGCAACGUGUGGAGAGGAUGGACCAGAGACUUUUUGCAAGCCCUCAGAGUCUGCUAGAUGCGCUGUAUGUGAUGCCAGAAGUCCAGAUCUUGGCAAGAGGCAUAAUAUCAGCAAUGUUCUUAAUCCUGAUCCUGGAAAGUGGUGGCAGAGCCCCACCUUAGCUAGGGGCGAACGUUUCGAGUUUGUUACUAUUGUGCUGGACCUCAAACAGAUUUACCAAAUUGAGAACGUGAUUGUGAAGGCAGCAAAUUCACCACGACCUGCUGCAUGGGUCCUGGAGAGGUCAGUCGACGGUGAAGAAUUUCGUCCGUGGCAAUAUCAUGCACCCAGCGACGAGGAGUGCUGGUCCAGGUACUCUGUUCCGCCUGUCACUAAGCCCAUUUACAUCGCCGAUGAUGAGGUCAUAUGUACCAGCAUGUAUUCACGUCAAACGCCCAUGGAAAAUGGCGAGAUUCACAUACAAUUAGUGAAUGGUCGUCCAGGUGCUCAGAAUCACAGUGAAACCCUCCUGGAGUUCACUCAAGCCAGAUACGUACGACUCAGUCUGCAGGGAUUGAGAAGAGCUGGUGGUGCAUUGGCUGACAAGCGUCGGGCAUUCUACUCAAUAAAAGAGAUCAGCAUUGGUGGUCGCUGUCUGUGCUCAGGUCACGCGUCUCGCUGCCGUUACAGCGCUCGACAUGGGCAUCAAGAAUGCGAGUGUGAGCGUCACACAUGCGGUGAGAGAUGCGACAAGUGUUGUCCAAUGUUCAAUCAAGUGCCCUGGAAGCCAGGGACAUCGGGCAAGGGUUUUCACUGUGAAAAAUGCAACUGCAAUGGUCAUGCUAACUCCUGCCGUUACGAUCCGGAGAUAGCGGAGAGACGUAUGUCCCUGGACAUCCGGGGAAAGUAUCGUGGCGGUGGUGUAUGCAUAAAUUGCACGGAUCACACAACGGGAAUAAAUUGUGAUAAGUGUCAAGUGGGCUAUUAUAGGCCUAACGGAAUACCGACAGACGAUCCGUCGCCCUGUAUACUCUGCGAUCAUUGCAAUAUGAACGGGAGCACUGGAUUUUGUACACCUGAUGAAACAUAUCCUGGAAAGGUAGCAGGUGCUUGUGAAUGCAAACCAGGCUACUCAGGCUUCAGAUGUGACCAAUGUGCAGCUGGUUAUCGUCAGUUUCCUGACUGCAUGCCCUGUCCCUGCGACCGACGAGGGAUUCUCCCGUCCCACGACUGCGAAGGAGAUUGUUUAUGCAAAGUAAAUGUCGAGGGUGAAUUCUGUGACGAUUGCAAGCCGGGAUUCUUCGCCCUGACGCGAGACAACCCCGACGGAUGCCUCAGGUGUGACUGCUUCGGCAUGACCACUGAAUGCAGAGCUGCUAGACUAGUCUACGACUCCAUAUCCACAUUGGAUGGUUGGCUAGUAACAGAUGUAAAUGCGUCGAGGUCAAUUGUACCCGGAUUGGACCCAGACAACGGAUGGCUGACACUUGCAUCCUAUGAGGUUGACUAUGAAAGUCCAUUUUGGCUAGCACCCAAGAUCUAUGCCGGAAAUCGUCUGUCUUCAUACGGGAGUAAUCUCACUUAUGCUGUAACAUGGAUUGUCAUGCGUGGUGACACCAGUGGUAAACCAACCACCGAGCCAAACGUCAUUUUAGUGGGCAAGAAUGGAAUGAAAAUUGCAUUUGGUGAAGAGCCAUAUAGUGGUCAAGAGGCUGAGAUCUCGGUACCACUGCAGGAGGAAGGCUGGUUUCACGUGGAGACUGAGGUGAAAAAUAUUCAAGUGAGACCUAGGAGAACUGAGUACGGAGGGAGGCCUGUCUCCAGGGGGCAAAUGCUCAGGAUUCUUGCCGAUGUAAAGUAUAUCAUGAUCAGGGCGCAGUAUCACUCGGAACAGGCCGAAGGAAGUUUACUCUCUGUGGUUCUACCCAUCGGUGAAAAAUCACCUGACGGGGUGGAAACAUUCGUGGAGCAUUGCACCUGCCCCGAGGGAUACGCAGGCCUUUCCUGCGAAUAUUGCGCCUGGGGAUAUGUUCAGGUGACUUUCAAUGGGACUGAUCAUCAGGAUCAUUACGAGUGCAUUAAGUGUGACUGCAAUGGACACGCUGGGUCCUGUGACCUUAUUAUGGGUGAAUGUAAAAUUUGUGAACACCACACAACAGGACCCAAAUGUGAUCGUUGUGCUUCUGGAUAUUAUGGUGAUGCUACUAGGGGAACCCCAGGUGACUGCAAACAGUGUGCAUGUCCCCUGACCAUAGCUACCAACCAAUUCAGUCCCAGCUGUCAGCUGGAUGAUCCUAAAAAUUCCACUGGGAAUUACGUAUGCACCCAGUGUCCCGUGGGAUAUACUGGAGAUCAUUGUGAAAGUUGUGAUCUCGGAUACUUCGGUGAUCCCACGACGCCCGGGGGCACUUGCCAGGCCUGUCCCUGCAAUGGUGGUACUUGCGACCAGGAAACUGGUAGAUGCUUGGAAUGUCGAGGUAAUACUGAGGGCUGGGCAUGUGAUAGAUGCAAGGAGGCACACUACGGGGAACCGCUAGACCAAAGUUGCCUGCCUUGCAAUUGUAAUCCCAACGGCAGCAUCUCACGAUUAUGUGAUUCAGUUAGUGGCCAGUGCCUCUGCAAACCCCUAUUCACUGGUCGUGACUGUUCCACCUGCAUCGAGGGCUAUGGCAAUGUAACUGCUGGCUGUCGUGAGUGCAACUGUGACGUGGGUGCUAUCACCAAUGCCUGUGAUCAAAUAACUGGUAGCUGUAUAUGUGCACCAAGUGUUACCGGAGAUACGUGUGAUAGGUGUGAAGAAGAUCAUUAUGGAUUGUCCAUCGAUGGCUGUCAGGAAUGCCGCUGUAACAUGAUUGGUUCCACCUCCCCGAGGUGUGACAUCGUCUCCGGAGACUGCCUCUGCAAGCCCAACAUCAUUGGACGACAGUGUCAUCAAUGUCAAGUCGGGUAUUGGGGGAUGGCGAGUGGGGCUGGAUGCGCCCCCUGCGGCUGCGACACAAUGGGCUCCACAAAUGUCUCCUGCCAUCAUGAUACAGGACAGUGUCAUUGCCGUCCUGGUGUUGCUGGAGUGCGAUGUGAUAACUGUUUAUCUGGAUACUACGGAUUUUCAGAAAAUGGAUGUCAAGCGUGCGAUCCGUGCACGAAACCUGGACACGUAUGUGACCCAGACACUGGUAGAUGCGUGUGUCCACGUUUGACCUUUGGCGAGCACUGUGAUCGUUGCAGGCCAGAUUCGUACGAUCUGAUACCAGGUAUUGGUUGCAAGGCAUGUGCAUGCACUCCAGGCUCCACGAGAUCCCAAUGUGACUUCAACGGCCAGUGUCCAUGUCGAGUUGGCUUCGAGGGCCUCAGGUGUGAUAAAUGUGCACCCGGUUAUUAUGGAUACCCUAAGUGUAAACCUUGUAACUGUCAUACUGGUGGUACCAUCAUGUGCGAUGAUGGACUGUGUCAUUGUGAUCAGAAUGGACAGUGUCCUUGCAAGGAAUAUGCACUAGGAAGGCAGUGCAACCAGUGCAAGGAAGGGACCUUCGGACUGUCUCAGGACAAUCAAAAGGGCUGUACUGAGUGCUUCUGCUUUGGAAGAUCAACCCUCUGCCAUCAGGCAGGUCUUGCCUGGGGCCAGAGGCGCCUGACCAGACCGCGAUUACUCUACAUCAAUGAGUCUGUCAAUGACGUGAUCAUAUCGAACUACGGCUACUCCAUCGCUCUCCCGGCCUUGAAUGGCGGUCUGAACGUAACCAAUGGUUUAUCAAUCAUACCUGGGAGCGAGGGUGACGUCAUCCUACCCGCAAAUCUCUAUUACAGUUAUCCGUUGUACUGGCAAUUACCGGAAUCUUUUCUCGGGGACAAGGUCGUGUCAUACGGUGGAUUCUUGAAGUUCAAAACUUCUAUUGUCGGGGGAAUCCCACUGAGAUCUAGCCUGCGAUAUCCUCUGGUUCAGAUACAGGGGAAUGACAGAAUUAUUCUGGAGUACUACCAACAUCUACCAGUCGAUGAUAAUAACUUCAAAAUUAGAUUCCACGAAUCCCUCUGGCAAAUUCAAAACCGCCCAGACUACAAAGUAUCCCGUGAAGUAUUGAUGGUGGCCCUUCAGGACAUUCAGCACAUAUAUCUGAAGGCCUCCGACCACUCAGAAUUCCACGAAGCCCAACUGCUGGAGGCAUCAUUGGAUGCCGCCGUCCUGAUUCCCACCCACACACCAGCCCUGGCAACGGGAAUUGAAAUCUGUGAGUGUCCAACUGAGUACAACAACACAUCCUGCCAGGAUCCCAGUAUCGGUUAUUAUCGCUGGUACAACAACGAAACAACAACAGCCACGAUUGUAAUCGAUCUGGUGGGCCAAGCAAGGCCAUGCCAGUGUAAUGGCAGAUCGGAAAUCUGUGACAUAGAAACCGGUUACUGCUUGAAUUGCAGAGAAGACACAGCUGGUGAAUUUUGUCAUGUGUGCGCCGAGAGUUUUCAUGGCCAUCCGGACCAAGGGGGCUGCCAACCCUGUCCCUGUCCACAUGCUGAUAAAAGAUUUUCUAAAGGAUGUGUGUUGAAGGGAAAUGAAGCUGUUUGUCACUGCAAACCUGGGUACACUGGCUCCAGAUGUGAGCGCUGCUCCUACGGAUAUUUCGGCUACCCGACUCAGACGAAUGGCACCUGCAGCCCCUGCAAUUGCAAUCCCGCUGGAAGUGCUUCAGACGAGUGUGACGAAGAGACUGGCCAGUGCAACUGUCGUCCAGGGUCAACAGGACGAGAUUGCUCACAGUGCACAGCAGAUCGUCAUGUCUUUAUAAACAAUAUCUGCACCUCCUGCAACGACAAUUGCACAGGACUUCUCUUGGACGAAUUGGGAGAAUUAUACCUGAACCUCACUAUGGAGACUACCCACAUCGCCGACGGUUACGUCCCUCCUCCUUGGGUGGAGCUGACGUACAUCGACUCAAAUGUAACUGAAUUCUUCCAAGAAAUCGAUCGAAUAGACCAGCUGAAGGACAGAAUGAGGAGCGUUCCCUGGGCUGACUAUCAAACACUAAAGGUGAAAGUCGAGAAUUUGCUGAAAAGUUUUUCUGAAGUCAGUGGGGCCUCCUGGGAGUUGAAACCAAAGGUCGAGGAUUUCAAGAAUAAUAUGUUCAGUUCUCAUGUGGAGGUGAGGAAUCUGCGAGACCUUCUUGAGGCAAUCACCACGCAGUUGAUCCAAUAUGGAGAUGAUGUCAAGAGGGUUGGAAUCAAGAAGGCCCUGAAGGAGGCCAGAAUGAUCCUGAGUGACAUGAAAAGUGUUAACUUGACCCAGAAGACGAUGGAGUGCCAGGGAAUUCUGGACAAGAGUGAGGAUUACAUCGGCUGGUUAACUGGGCAGUUGGACCUUGUUGAGCCCUUGGGCGAGGUUAGGAGGAGAGCGGAACGGGUUGAGGUGAAGGCUCAUGAUAUCAAGCAAUUACUGGAGGACAACAUGGAGACACUGUUCCAGUAUGACACGUUGUUUAAUCAAAUAAAUGGAAGUUAUGCUGGUGUGAAAAUUCUGAAUGAUAAUAUAAGAAUUCUCACGGCUGACACUGUGGGAAUAAUCGAGGAAGGGCUUAUGAUGAAUGAGGAGGGGAGAGGGCUCGUGCUGGAGAGCCAGAAGAGUCUCCAGAUGAUUCCUGAGCUGAAGCAAGCCCUCGAUCAGUGGACGGAGAAGCUCACGAUCAAAGAGGGCAUCCUCUAUCGCCUGAACUAUGAGUAUCAGGAAAAAUAUGUGACAAAAGCCGUGGAGCAUUCCCAGAAUCUAUCAGACUACGUCGACCGUUCCGUUGCCCUUUUCGAUAGAACCAGAACACAAGCUGCUAAUCCCCUGAAAGCAGUGGAAGCCUACAAGAACAUCGUGGACAAUCUCCAGAAAGCAAAAGUGGCCGCAAUAGCUGCCAAAGAAUCAGCUCAGGAGGCGUAUUAUAAGGUUUAUCCGAAGGGCUCCAACGACAAAUCCUUGCUGGACGCAGCAGCCGAGAUAUCCGAAUCCUCUGCAGGCCAACUUGACCGCGCCCAAGCCUUGAAGAGUCCUCUCGCUCUGACUCUGUCCACAUUGGAGACCCACCAGCACUCGAUCCAAAAUUUGAAGUCCUCACUCAACUCCACAGGCAUCAAGGACAAUCAAAUAAAUAUCAAACUCCGGGAGCUACAGUCCUCUGCGACACACCUGGAGGACUCCAUUCAGUCCGUUAAGGAGACUCAUCAGAGUCUUCUUGACUCUAUUCAACAGUCAGAGACCUUGAUUAAUGACUACCAGCUGGGAAUUCAGAAUAAUCUGGUGCCUCAGCUGUCGUCACUGAAGCACGAAGGAGACUCCAAGAUCUCACUGGCUAGUGAACAGAUCACAGAGGCUCAGUCUAAUGUCAAAAAAGCUGACGCCAAGUUGAUCUCCCUGACUCAUGCAUCUCAAAGGGGCCAGCAAGAGUUCUCGAAGUGGAAUAAAACACUUUCAGAGAAGUUGAAGAAUUUAAAGGACAAAAUAGCAGAGGCCAGGAAUACAGCUGAAGGGAUCAGGGUGUCGUUGAAGUCCUCAGAAAAUAAAAAGUGCAUGAGAUCAUUCACAUCGUCGUCAAUCCAGCCGUCCACUACCAAUAAUAUCAUCAUUACUCUGGCUCUGAUGCAUCAUAAGACAGAGGGAGCACUGUUCUAUCUCCCCAGUAGUGUCAAUGAUGACUUCUUGGCGAUUGAAUUAUUCGACUCGAAGAUUCGCUUUCUGUGGAAUGUGGGGGGAGGGACUGGGGUGAUCGUUCAUCCUGAGGAACUGUCUUACGGAGAUCCGCAAAAUGAUGAGUCCUGGUACAGGAUCGAGGCGGAACGAGUGAGAAAUGUGGGGAGGCUGACGGUCAGGAAACAGAUGGGAUCUGGAGACUUAUUGCCCAUUUCUAAUUUCACGAAUCCUCAGUUCUCCAGAUUUGACGUGGCGAGAACUGACAGAAUUUGGCUUGGAGGGGCCCCAGCCUCCCAACGACGUCCCGCUGAGCUCCUGGCCUCCAACGGGCUCCCCGGCUGCGUCCACCAGGUCCUCUUCGAUAAUAAACAAAUUGGCCUCUGGAAUUUUAUCACAUCCGCACCUGACAAGGCCUGCAGGGCCUGCGUGGAGGGCGUCGAGGAGAGCCGCAACGAACUCUCCUGCAGUUUCAAUGGUGAGGGCUACUCUGUCCGGAAUCGAGUGGCCUCAGGCCCCUACAAUAAAUACACCUUCGGUGUUUCCCUGACAUUCCGGACCUUCGAUGAAUCGGCUUUAUUAUUCUUAGCCAUCAACGAGCAGACCCACCAACACGUCAUGAUUUACCUACGAGGAGGACGAGUUGUCCUUCAAAUAGAUUAUGGUGGCAACAUCUCCCUGGAGAUGUCCUCUACCUUCAAGUACAAUAAUGGCAACUGGACGAAGGUCGACGCCUUCAGGCAGUACCAGCUUCGAAAGAACAUUGAACAAUGUUCGUUGAGUGUUGGCGAGAAUGACAAGAAGAUGGGGGCGCCUACGCCGCAGCCCAAGAAAGAAGACAUUCCUGAUCUCUCUAGCUCUAAGUACUACUUUGGAGGUGUGCCACCGAGUUUUAGAGCUGAGAAACUUGUGCUACCGUAUCAGGUGUCGUUCCUGGGCUGCAUGAGCAACAUAAAUGUACAGGAGGGCUACGAUCCUAUGGCGGAGAUAUUCUACGGGGUUGAACCAUCCUGUUCAAACAAACCCAUGAAAAUCGUCGGGUUCUAUGGGGAUGGCUAUCUGGAGCAUAGAUCAUUCCCCCUGAAGAAGAAGUCUGCCAAUGUGACCAUUUCCUUCAGAACUAUGCAACGUGAAGCGGCCUUGCUCUUGUCCACAUUUCAGGGCCAAGAGGAUGGACUGAAUACUGUCGGCAGUGGUGACAAGGACAAUUACUACUCCAUAGCUCUGGUGAAUGGACAGGUCCAGGUGAGGAUCAACGCGGGGGUUGGAGAAGUUCUUCUCCAGUCCAAUAGCACAUUCAAUGAUGGAAAAUAUCAUACUGUGACCAUCAUGAAGAAGCGAAAAAAUGUGGAGCUGAGGAUUGACGAUGCCUAUCAGGAUGGAAGUGCUUUACCGUCGGCAGCUAUCGUCAGGGCUCCAGAAUUCGGAGGAUUGUUCUUCGGAGGGCUUCCCGCCCUCAUUAAUGACACCAGGAUAAUCGGCUCUGUGGUGCCGCUUUAUGGCGCUAUCAAGGAGGCUAUUGUUAAUGAGCAAGUCAUUCGCUUUCAGGAGGCUGUUAGCUUCGAUCAUGCAUUUAUUGGGCGAUCUGGACCCAUUAUGGGAAGAGACCCACCGAACUACAUGCCUUCGGCUUCUUUGUCUAGGGGGGGAAUGUCGACAGAGCCCGAGGGCUGCCAAAAGGUCCCUUACUAUUCUCUGGAACCCGGAGCCCUGAAAUUCGGUGACAAACAGCACAGCCAUACCCAGCUAUACCUCAAUUUUAAAAAGUUCUGGGAGAAAAAAUACAUGAUCGAGUUUGACUUCAGGACCUACUAUCCCAGUGGCCUAUUAUUUAUCACCCCCGGGAUCAAACGAAAGCAAUAUCUCAUGGUAGUCAUCAAGGACUCGAUGCUCAGUUUAAUCGUAAAGAGCAAGCAGAAGAAGGAGAUGAUUUUCAAGACACCGUUUAAUGACGGCAAUUGGCAUCACGUGGUGAUCAGCCACGAGGAGAGAAAGCUGACUCUGGUGGUUGAUGCACAGAGUCCCAAGGUUAUCAAGGUCCCCAGGAAGAUUGGGCUGGAAUCCAUGAUGUAUAUUGGAGGAUUGCCGGAGAGUGGAACACCCUUUCCUGAUCAAGUAGUGGCCAAGUUGGAGACGUUGAAAGGAUGCAUCAGAGGACUGAAGGUCAAUGGAAAUGUUUAUGAUAUGGUGGGGUCUACAUCGAGGCCGUUUAACGUUGGCCAGUGCUUCCCCAGUGUCGAGAGUGGGGCGUACUUCCAGGAUGAUGCUUAUGCUGUCUACAAGAGGGAUUUUGAACUGGGAGCUGUACUGGAAUUGCAGCUAGAAUUCAGGACUUCGGAGCUCUUUGGAGUAUUGUUGAGUAUCUCAGCACCUGGUGGGAGUCCAUCGUUAUCACUAGAAAUUAAUGCUGGAAAAAUUGUGAUGGCGGGUGACCCUGGGGACAGGAAUCCCACGGUCGUGGAGCAGAGUUUCAGUAGCACUUACACCAUCUGCGAUAAUCGAUGGCACAAAAUUCAGGCGGUUUACAACGAGGAGGAGCUCACUCUUAAAGUCGAUGACCUGGAUCAGAGGUUUGGGCUGCCUGUUGGGGGGGAUGAAAGCUUUCUCGUGGAGGCAGCCAGUUUUCCGUUGUUUAUUGGAGGAUUGCCAGCAUCAGCACCUAAAGGUACUCUACUCACUCGUGACCAUUUCCACGGUUGCAUACGAAACGUGAUGAUUGGAGGGGAAAGGCGAGACUGGACAGACAUGGCAGAACUCCACAAUAUUCACUUGAGCUCGUGUCCAGUUCAAUAAACCGUUGAUUUAUAAAAAUUAAAGGAAAUUUAUUAAAGCACGUUAAGACUUUAUCGAAGCCAAAAGAAGCUAAACCGUAACAAAUCACUGUAAAGUAUGUAAUUAAUGAAUUGAGUCUUGAGCUGGUGAUGUGAGGUUUAUUUUUAUUUGAAGCCAUUAGGGCUCUCUGUAUUUUUGGAACUCGAGAAUCCUAAUGUAAGAGAUUUUUACACUUUUGUCACUGCCAUAUUACGAUAAAUAAUAAUAAUAGUUUAAUUUUCCCAGAACCCAAUUUAUCCAACAAUUGUACAUCAGUAUUUAACACUUUAUUAUUUAUUUAUCAAUUAUUAUUAUACAGAGGUAAAUGAAUAACUGAUUUUUUGUAAGUUA